GAGAGGGUAGUGAUUGUUCGGCGGCGGAGCCUUCAGCCUGCAGCGCACGCAUGUUCAGUGGACUCGUAUGGUGUAAAGCUCCAGAUGAGGGACUCAGAAGUCCGGGAAUGACAGCCGCUGUCACCGGGAGUGACAGCUUUCACUCUAAGCUCCUCCAAUAAUAAGAAAAAAACCUCCAGCUGAUACUCAACAGUGAUCCGGAUCGGAUCCAGCCAGAACCAGGACUAUGCCAGAGAUGGAGAAAGGCAGACCACCGGAAAAUAAACGCAGCAGGAAACCUGCUCACCCAGUAAAGAGGGAGAUCAACCAGGAGAUGAAGACGUUUGCAGAAAGCACCAUGAAUGAGCUGCUGGGAUGGUACGGGUAUGACAAGGUGGACCUCAGAGACUCGGAGGCCAACGAGAUCAGAAACUACAGAGAAAGACGUCAGCAUGUGUCUGUGCUAAAAGAAAACUCAUUGCCAAAACCCAAAAGCCUGGACACCAAAGUCAGUCAUACGGUCCUUGCCAUGAAGAGUGGAGAGAGAGAGCCUUCCAUUGUCCCCUCCUCUUCACCCUCCUCUUCCUCAACAAAUUCAUCCCUGACUACCCCCAAAGAGCACAAGAGUGCCCCAGUCAUUGUUCCCCUUAUAAAGCCAUCAGCAGUGGAAGAUGUACAGAAUGUGCAGAUAGUGUGUGUUUGGUGCCAGAAGGAAGGGGUAAAACGCUACUCUCUAUGUAUGGGGUCCGAGCUCAAGAGCUUCUGCAGUGAAAAGUGUUUUGCUGCCUGCAGACGGGCCUACUUCAAACGCAAUAAGGCCAGAGAUGAAGACCUCCAUGGUGAGAGAUCUCCUCAGCACCCUAAUACAGAGGACUCGCCCAGACUGGUGUUAAAGAUUAACAGCAAUAUCAGAUCUCUCUCCCCUGUGCCACAGGUAUGUGAUUGGUGCAAGCAUGUCCGUCACACUAAAGAAUACUUGGACUUCGGAUCUGGUGAGGAACGACUCCAGUUCUGCAGCACCAAGUGUCUAAAUCAGUACAAGAUGGAUGUUUUCUACAGAGAAGCCCGUGCAGCUCUCACCAGCUCCAGCCCAAACAGACCCAGCCAGGAAGGGAGGGCAGACAGCAUCACAGCUGGUCAAAAGUUACUCACUCCGGAGUCUUGGAACAGCAGCAGCGCAGGAGAAGCUCGUCAUAAAAACCUUUCCCCGAAAGGGCCUGCACCUAUUCAUGGAUCAGCAGAGUCCACUUCUGUCUCCCCCUCAGAGGCAUCCUCUUCAAAUUCCAAGCCCUCUGGACUGAGGACACUGGAAAGACCCAUCCAGCCUCCUCCACAUCCGACAGCUGUUGAGGUGUCAACCCACCCUGCUUCCCUUCAUCCUCCAGCCCCUCCUCGUCCUACUUUGGAACAUCAGCCAGUACCUCAAAUCCCCAUGCCCUUUAUCAGACCUCCUCUCCAUGCUCAGGGCCUGAAAAGCCCCCUCGCCAACCCCCCCAGACACCCAGGCCCCCCAUCCAGCCCUAUCCAUAGACCUCCUCACUCUCCUCACCUGCAACCCUCAACCUCCUCUUCCAUGAAUCCCCCUGGACUGAUGCACCCCUUCCCAGGGGCCUACUUCCCCAGCUUACACUCCCCUCCCCUGAACAUGAUGCCAAGAGGUCCUGUUCCAAUGCCUCCCAUGAUGAACUUUGGUAUUCCUUCCUUUAGCCCGCUUCUGCCUCAGCCCACUGUCUUGGUGCCUUAUCCCAUCAUUGUUCCAUUACCUGUCCCCAUACCCAUUCCUAUCCCCAUUCCAGUGACUUCCAAGGCAACCCUAGAAACUCCAAGUCACAGUGGCGUUAUCCAGUCUGUGCCAGAGGGAGCAGACAGGGGUAGACCCAGGGCUACUAGGCCUCUAUCUCCAGGGAUCCCUGAAGGAGACAGCAGAUUAGUAGCCAACAACUUGGUUGGAACCUUGACUCAAGGUAUUCUCUCACCAAGUGACCCCAACACAAGGGACACAGAUUGGGUUAAAUCAGAGAGGUCAUUCCCUUCCCCAACAUCCACACCCCAUAGUAGAGUAUCCUCCCCCAGAGCACAGUACAAUGACUCCCCCUGCUCAACCCCAGAGACAGAGGGGGUGACAGACUAUAAGCAGCAGCCGCCAGAGCGACAAGUCAUUCAAAGGGUUCUUCAGAGGACCCAAGUGAAGUUGGGGGCCAGUACAAAUGGAGUGGUGGACCUAUCAGGACUGGGGGAGUCGGGAACAGGGUCCAGAUCAGGUAUCCAUGACAUCAUCAGACCCACUCUUCCCCUACCACAGUCCCCUCCUCAUGACACUGUCUACCACCACCAGGACUCCCAAACUCCACCAUUACACAACCCACCCAGCCCCACAGGAAGCAGCCAUCCACAUAUUGGUACAUCCGCUACCCUGACAUCUCAAGACAACAGUCCAAACGGGAUGUCCUCCUCAUCCACCCCGGCCAGUCCAGACUCUUACCCACUCCAGAGAGUACCAGCACCACCCCUUGACCCUGCACUCAGUGAACUGGAGGCUAUCAAAGAGAACAAGUGCUCUGUUGUUGGUCAAGUGCGAAUUGAAGGCCCUGUCAGUCAGUCAGAAGAGCCCUUAGCAGUUGUUGGGGAGGUAGGAGAGGACCCCCAUGUUCCUGAUGAGGACCAUGCCUAUGCCCUACCCACAGCGUCAAAGACUGGUGGAACCAUCACCCCACUGCUCUUGCCCAAACUCAGGGACAAGGGUACCCUGCGGAACCCUGCUAAUAUUUCCAAUGCUGGAGACAUGGAGCCAGCUCUGAAGAGGCGAUGCCUACGCAUCCGUGAUCAGAAUAAGUAAAGGACGGAGACUCCCUGUUUAACACUGUAUAGCGGUGCCAGAUUGAGUGCCACGCCCUCUUGUGGACAACACCCUCCAGCCAGCCCUUCAGCCCACCAGUGCUGCUCUGCCUGUAGACCAGCAGGGUGCCAACCCAGGAAGCAGUCCAGAUGGCCAUAUUAUCACAACUCAACAUGGGGAAAGAACACAACAUACUUACACAUUUUGUCUUGGACCAAAGAGUAUUGUUGGCUAGUGUGUUAUGUUGCGUUCAGUGAGCACUUGAUAUGACAGAUCUUCUUCCUGUCUGACAUUGCCCUAAAGUGUGCGUGUGUGUGUGUGUGUGUGUGUGUGUGUGUGUGUACAAGUUAGUGUGGCUGUCCAGAUGCGCUCCUCCUCCUCCUCCUUCUCCUCUCCUUGCUGUACACAGCAGACAGGGCUCUGAUCAGCCUUGUGUGGUCUUCUCAGAUGGAGCCUGAACAUGAUCUCUUUCCAGGGGAAACGGUUUGUUUUCUCUGCCCGGCUUGCACAAAGAGCCACAUUGUUCCUCUCCCCAUAUCCCACGCUGACUCCCCACUCCAGGGUUUGGGUUACCUGGCCGACGGGGCUCAGACUUCAGGAGCUUUUUUUAUUUUUUUGACCGACAGCCAGGAAUAUAGUAUACCCUUCUCCCCUCCACCUCGUGCCCAAUCUAAAUAUGGCACACAGUAACAUACUAAUUCUGAGGUUUGAUACCUCACAACUGAUUGCCUUUGAUUCCCUACUCUGCUCUCUGCCAUCAAGGAAGGAGAGACAUUCUGCUGAGACUAAGACUUUACUCUUGGGCAGUUUAUACACUGUGGAGGGAGCCUGCCUGAGCUGUUAACACACAUGACUGAGCAGUAUAACAGAAUCUCUAAGGAGAAAGGAUGCUAUCUCUGCCUCCUCUAAAGCUACAUAGAAUAAAUGAGGGGACAACAUACUGAUAUACAGUAGUGGAUGAUCCGUGGACACUUAAGUUGCCCUGAUGACGCUGGUCUAUAAUAAAUGUGUGAUUUACCCUGACCUUUUAUUUGAUCUGCCAAAGCUUUGAUGACAAAUAAGAAUUUAAUUAACUUUAAGCACCAAGUGCCACGCACGUUUGCUUUAAAACCCUGACCAUUCAUGGCACACGACAGUUUAACUGCUCCUGAUGCUGAUUUUUCUAUGAUCAGACAAUUCUACAAAUCAGGAUUGUAAUAUUACCAAAUGUGGUAUUAUAUUCAACCGUCAAAUGCUGUAGUAUGCAGCGAUCAGUAUUACAGUUCCCACUUUUGGGAAUACCCGAUGAGAUUUGAUCCAGCCAGAUCACUUAGAGGCAUUGUCAACACUUUUGUCCCAGUGUAAGAUUUUACUUUUCUAGUUGAACUUUACGCAGAUACUAUUUGAUGUUAUAUUAACUUAUGGAUGACGCAUCUGUAGAUUUUCACAAAAAAGUGCUUUAUUUCUCCAUUUGUUGUUUCUUUGGUGAUUGUAUUUUGUGAGUGCCGAAGCUCUUGAAUGCCCAUUGCCUUUAUGUUUGUAUACUGUAUGCCCACUAGAGAGCAGUGUUUGCCUUUGUAACUUUGCACCUGCCCUUUUCUGACAAGAAAGCACCAAGAGGCCCACAGGCAGUCUGCCGAAGCCCAUACGAUUACACAGAGCACUGCAGUCAGUGCCACUCAGUGACUGAUAUCCAAUGCCAAGUGCACAGCUUUUUCCCUACACUUCUCGUUGCCAUUAUUUUCUCAUUACUUCUAUAACAGUCAUGUCAUACCAAGAAGAUCCGGUGUGUCCUUCAAAGCCUCUUUUUUUGAUGAACAGUCCCCUGGGAUCAGUAGUCAUCGUGACCCCAGAAUAACUCCAAAUGUGGCCCACCCCUGCCAUCAUUCCAAAACUACAUGCCUAUGAGUUUGUGUGUUUGUGUGUGUGUGUGCCUACAGCAGCAACACAUUUAUACCCCCCCCCCCACCCCACCCCACCCCACUCCCAACUCAUUCCUGCCUACAUCUUCACUACAGGUCAUGCCAUUAUGUUAGUGUCAUCCUCGGCUGGCCAGGGGACUUCGUCAACAGCUUGUAUGAGUUAGUGAUGACAUCAUGGUAUGCAAUAUAGCUGCGAUGUCAACAAGUGGUCCUCUGAUGCCGGAGGCCAAAAAAGGACUUUAUUAAGACUACCAUUGUUGGUUUUAUUGCACAUUUUAAUCAUUGCCAUUUCUGACCUGAUACAGGAUGUGUGUUACUUCAAUAUUUGGACAAAAAAAAAAAAAAACUUCUUUUGUGUCGGACAUUUUGUUGCUGUUGCUGAAAUUCAUCAGUACUUUCUGAACACCCCUGUCAAACAUUUAGCCCACUGUCUAAAUAAAUUAUUCACAGACUGUUUGUAUUUGAACAUAGAUUCAGUAAUCGAGAGCUUUGGUCGAGACCUCUUUGUAAAGUAAAAUAAAUAAAAGUUAUUCUAAGAGUAA